AUGAUUCAGAAAUUCACUUGCGUUCCUCGCACAGAUUACGAAGUUAUAAUUGUUUCAAAUGGUACCAUAGAUCAAGUAGAAUCUAAGUUAAUAGAAAUUAAUGAACACACUAACAAUGAAAUACCACUUAAUUCUAAUAUCACAUAUUUGGAUAAUUUUAGUCAAUUAAUCCAACAUUUGAAUAGAAAUGUCCCUGGAAAUAUAUUCAACGGUAAAGUUUUAUUCAUGUUCUUCAAUGGUCUUUACUAUAUUCAAGAUUUUUUAAGUGAUUUAAUUGAUCACUAUAAUACCAAAACCAUUCUCAAUUCGGAAUACUUAGCUUUCAACAAAUAUCAAAAUAAGAAGAAAAUCAUUAACAAAGAUCCCGAAUUUGAAAGAAUUGAAAAUGUUUACUUUUAUUUUGAUUCAUCAGUAUCUAUUGAUACUACUACCACCUCAUCACCUUAUGCGUUUUUGGUCCAAUCAAAUUAUACACCUGCUAGUGAUAAGAACCCUUUCAAUACUGUAGUCACUAUUGCUAAUGAUAUUUUAAAGAAAAUGAGUUUUAUGAUAGGAAGAAUUCGAGGUUUAUACAUUGAUGACUUUCAACUCAGUAAUGAUAAAGUAGUACCAUUACAUAGUUUAAUGAGAAACUUUCCUAGUGUGGAAAGAAUAGAGUUGUCCAGUUACACACAACUUCUAAUGAAGGAUAUGAUCUUAUAA